UAUCAGUUAAAAAUUCUGACAACAGCCCUGUUUUCAGUCUUUAUGCUCAACAAAACUCUUCUGAAACUGCAGUGGUUAUCAUUAUUCAUGCUCUUUGUUGGAGUCUCAGUUGUGCAGCUUCAACCAACAAGUGCAACUUCUUCAAGUACCAAAGAUGCCCAGUCUGUGGAGACUACACAACAAGUGAAAGUAUCUCAGAACCCACUGUUGGGUUUGCUUGCUGUUAUUUUGUCCACUCUUUGCUCAGGAUUUGCAGGUGUAUAUUUUGAGAAGAUUUUGAAAGGUUCACAAGCUUCUAUCUGGAUCCGAAACAUUCAACUGGGAAUCUAUGGAACAAUUAUUGGCCUUAUUGGCAUGCGUGUUAAGGAUGGUGACAAGAUUGAUGAGAAAGGCUUUAUGUUUGGGUAUUCCACCUUGGUUUGGGUGGUAAUCUUUAUGCAGGCAUUUGGAGGGCUAUUGGUUGCUGUGGUGGUAAAGUAUGCAGAUAACAUUCUGAAGGGCUUUGCAACAUCAUUAGCAAUAAUUGUUUCUUGUAUAGUAUCUGUGUAUCUGUUUGACUUUCAUGUUAGUGGACAGUUCUUGUUUGGUACUGCACUGGUUAUGUUGGCUGUACUGUUGUAUGGAAGACCUCAGAACCAAAUUAAGCCAGGGGGUGAAAAACUGACUGCUGUGGCAAAGGUAUAACAUUUUUUCUUAUUAUAGAAUUUAAGGCAAGCAAUGCCAAGUUUCUUCAGAAAAUGGGGCCUCUGAACACUGGGAAAAACACGUGAACAUUGAAUCACACUUAAACUUGUUAUAACGUAACCAAAGUGAAGCACGCGCUCUGAUUGGUCAAUUUGGCAUCCACCAUUUGCCCAUGGGUGUACACUGCUGACAUGAGCAAAUGGAAAGACUAGUUUUCCGCACAUACUUCAUUUUUCUGGCCACGUAAGAUUUGUUAGAUAAAAGAAAACUCCUUUGCUACAAAUUAUGUAUCAAUGUUAUGAUUGUUAUA